CAAGUUCGAACCAGAAAAUCCCCGUCAAUGGCAGCAAAGUUCAUACGCCAACCCAAAAUCUCCAUUUCAGAAAAUUAAGCACUCCAUAAUUCUUAAUUCUCUUAAUUUGAUAGAACCCAAUUUUAUGCCUUUCCCUCUUUAAUCAUGGAACUCUCUUCUUCCCUCACAUGCCGCCCCAAAUUCUCUGAUAUCUCCUUCUCUUCCUCUUUCUCCCCUUUCCCACUUCAAAUCCAGCUGCAAUCCUCAAAACCCAAGUCACAGAAUCUCCGAAUUUUCGCUGUUGCUGUUGACCCUCAAGAGCUCCCGAGAAACAGCCCGCAGAGACUUCUCAAAGAGCUUUCCGAGCGUAAAAGAGCCACUGGCCCAAAGAAAAAGGUACCUCCGAAAAGGUUCAUACUAAAGCCCCCACUUGAUGAUAAGAAAUUGACUGAAAGAUUUCUCAAUAGCCCUCAGCUGUCCCUAAAGCAGUUUCCUUUGUUGAGUUCUUGCUUGCCGUCUUCUCGGCUUAACAAUGCUGAUAAAACAUGGAUGGAUGAGUACUUGCUUGAGGCAAAGCAAGCUCUGGGUUACCCCCUGGAGCCGUCUGACCAAUUGGGAGAUGAUAAUCCAGCGAAGCAGUUUGAUACAUUGUUGUAUUUGGCAUUUCAACAUCCUUCUUGUGAGAGAGCUAAUGCAAGGCAUGUUAAGUCGGGGCAUUCGAGGCUGUUGUUCCUGGGGCAGUAUGUGCUUGAAUUGGCCUUUGCGGAGUAUUACUUGCAGAGGUACCCAAGGGAGUCUCCCGGGCCGAUGAGGGAAAGGGUUUUUGCUCUGAUUGGGAAGAGGAAUUUGCCCAAGUGGAUUAAAGCUUCUAGCUUGCAAAAUUUGAUAUUUCCUUAUGAUGAUAUGGAUAAGUUGAUCAGGAAGGAGCGGGAACCACCAGUGAAGUCUGUGUUCUGGGCUUUAUUUGGGGCAAUAUACUUGUGUUUUGGUAUGCCAGAAGUGUAUCGUGUCCUUUUUGAGGUAUUUGGGAUGGAUCCAGAAGCUGAGGACUGCCAACCAAGGUUAAGGAGACAACUGGAAGAUGUAGAUUAUGUUUCCGUUGAAUUUGAUGGUCAGAAGCUCAGUUGGCAAGAUGUAGCUACGUAUAAACCCCCUGAAGAUGCACUUUUUGCACACCCAAGGUUAUUUAGGGCUUGUGUUCCUCCUGGUAUGCAUCGGUUCCGAGGAAAUGUUUGGGAUUAUGACAGCAAACCUCAAGUAAUGCAGGCACUGGGAUAUCCCUUGACAAUGAGUGAUAGAAUUCCUGAAAUUACUGAAGCCAGGAACGUUGAACUGGGACUAGGGCUACAGCUUUGUUUCUUGCACCCAUCAAAAUAUAAGUUUGAGCAUCCUCGGUUUUGCUACGAGCGGUUGGAAUAUGUUGGCCAAAAGAUCCAGGAUCUUGCUAUGGCCGAGAGAUUGCUGAUGAAGCAUUUGGAUGCUCCUGGAAAAUGGCUACAAGAGAGGCACCGGCGACUUCUCAUGAACAAAUUCUGUGGAAAGUAUUUGAGGGCGAAACGUCUCCACGACUUUAUCAUCUAUUCAGAGCAGGUUCAAGAUGCAUUCGAGCACAACCGAAGACUGAGAAAUCCUGCCACAACAGCCGCUCAACAGGCCAUCCACGGCCUUGCGUACAGUGUCUACGGCAAAGGAGAGGUGCGGCGGCUCAUGUUUGAGGUCUUUGAUUUUGAACAAGUCCAACCAAAACCCGUUUGACAUAGCUGCAGGGCAAAAGCCUUUCUCAAACACCCAAGGACAAGUUUUUACCGCAAUUUUUCUCAACCGGCGGUUGAUGUAAUACAGCUCUUGUAUGUUACUGGUUUUAAAGUUUUUUAUAAGUCCUUUAAUAAUCUUAAUUUUCAUCUACAUUUAUGUAGAUUGUUGCUAUGUUUGCCACUGGACAAUUUAGAAUUUGCAGCGUCCAACACCCGCAAUGAUGUUAACAGUUCCGUAUUUGUAUUUUGAGUUUAUCUUACCAAUGCGAUGUUUACCCUGUAUAGAAAUCACCAACUUUGGCUGCGAAGGUCACUGAUAAAAUUUGCAAGACCAC